CUUUCGUUGAUCUUCAAGCAAGAGUUGAAGCUUGCUCUCUGUCUCAGCUCAAACACACGUACAGAUAAUGAGCAAAAUUCAUGCAAUUUUUGCGCGUUAAGUUUCGUAUAUGUUGAUAUUUCCUCUCUCGUUUACAUUAGGUAGAAAUGAUUAUAAAGGGUUUAUUUAGGAGAUAUGAGAGGAGGAAUCCAGUGAAUCCAACGAUCGGAUCCUUUUGGGGCGUUGGAAUAGGCAUUGGUUGCGGUGUAGGAUGGGGCCCUGGCUUUGGCCAUGAGGUAGUUGGCUACGUUGGAGCCGGCUGUGGUGCUGGAUUUAAUGUGGGGAUCACUUUUCUUGGUGUUGGCAUUGGUCUUCCUGCUAAUUACCUAUUUAGGGCCCCCGCCCCUCAUAGUGAAUUAUCAGUUGAAAAGAAAGGUUCAAGUCUAACUGGAAGCAGAAGUACCAUGGAAGACGAUUGGGGUGCCGAUAGAUCAGGCAUAUCUGGCACACAACAAAGUCAAGGUGCAUCAUUUUCAGGUUUCAGAGAUGACAGUUUGAAGAACUUUAGAGAUUUACCGGAUGUCAGAAGCAUGUUUGCUUCGUAUUCUAAGCAUGUAACUGAUUGUUUACAUAGAGUCUGGAAGGCUUAAUCCCUCUGGAUAGAGGUCCAACGAGUAUAACAAUCAUGAAUCAUCAGAUGAAAUUCUUCUAUCCUGAUGAUACAAGAGGCUUUGACCUUUUUGCUAUAACGAUGGGAAAAUAUACCUCCAAAUUCUUAUGAGUUCAGAUUGAAGCGGAAUGGUUUUUGUAGAUACAGUUUGUCUGAUGCUAAAGCCGCUUUGUAAAAAAUGGUGCCUAUUCUGCUGUGUAAUCAUAUGUAAGUGCCAUCGCAAUUCGCUUAAAUCUAAGCUUAUUUGUACAUCCAUAAUCCAUUGUUUGUUUGGUAGUAGGUACAGACGUACAGUAUUUAAAUAAAAUAUACUUAUUAUUGGUUA